AUGAAUACAUUUGAUUCGCCUCCAACAGGACAGAACAACGGAGCUAGAAGCAUCCGAUCCUCUCGUUCGCCUACCAACACCGAUUCAGCCCUGUCCUCUUCCGUCGGCAGUGCCCGGUCCCACUCAAGCUCUUCCCGAACACAUGCACGCCCUUUGAACCAACAACAGAGCACUCAGGCCACCGAAGCCACUCCGAUUAACACGGCCGAUUUCGCGAGGCGCGACUAUCAAUCUACCGAGCGGGCCGAAAGCACUCAACACAAGAGCCUACACCCAGAUAAUGCAAACACCGGCAAUGGCACCAACCAGUCGACUAACCAGGACUCAUCACCCAAGCCCCAGCAGUCCUGGUAUAGCAAAUUAGCAGACCGGUACGGCAGCCUCGAACUGGAAAACAAGGGAAGCGUUGCGCGUGACCAUCUUGCAUUAGAACGAACCUUCCUAGCAUGGAUGCGCACCUCUCUAGCCUUCGCCUCAAUCGGCAUCGCAGUAACCCAACUAUUCCGCUUAAAUAGUGCCACCACAAAUACAACCCCAAAUGCCUAUAACAUAAAUGGUGCCAACCCGGCCAUCCUCCCACCGAACCUCUCCUACGACUCAGCCGCAUUCCACACAUCAUCCGCCUCCGCCCGUCUCCGCAGCGUGGGCAAACCCCUCGGCUCGACAUUCAUCGGCGUCUCGAUCCUCAUUCUGAUAGUCGGCUUCCACCGCUACUUCGAGAGCCAAUAUUGGAUUAUCCGCGGGAAGUUCCCUGCUAGUCGUGGCAGUAUAGCGCUUACGGCAUUUGUGGCUGCUGCGCUGAUUAUUGCCGCACUUGCAGUUAUUUUGGCUGUUUCGCCCGGUGCUGUGGAGGGUUGA